CAAGGUUAACACCAAUUUCUACGUUUCCGGUAUCACACCUAGCCCUUGAGUCCAGUAAAUUCACCUAACAGUAUGAUACAGCUUCGACCGCUGUCUCUCAGAAUUCCGGCCUCUUGGAAUUGCUCAAGCUUCCGUUCAAGGCCUUUUCAAACGUUCUUUCGAGCAAGUCGCACCAUCCACGUCAAUAAUGCAGCUGUUCGCUCAGGGACUGUUAAAGCCUCGCUGAAACCUUUCGUUUGGGGCGCAAUCACCACCUUGUCGAUAGCCAUUCUCCUUCAAAAUACUGUUCAUCUCGAUGCCGUUACUCCCCCAGAACCUAAAGAUGUUGAAAUUGAUCCUGCUACAUCAAUCUCGUUCCCGAAGACUCUGCAGAUACCAUCCAAAUAUCCCCUCCCAAAAUUCUCGCUCGUUGGAGUUGGCGUGCGGACUGUAUCGUUUCUAAGGAUGAAUGUCUAUUCCGUAGGAUUCUACGCAGACUUGGCUAAUCCGGAUUUAAACAUUCCACGCAAUGCAACACCAGAGGAAAAGAUCGACUACAUAGUACGCAAUACUGCAUGUGUCCUCCGUAUCAUCCCUACAAGGUCAACUUCUUUCAGCCAUAUGCGCGACGGUUUCGUGCGUGCUCUUAUGGGUCGCAUGCAGCUAUGUGUGAAGCGGGGUAGUGUUACUGCAGAAGAGGAGGCUGGAGCACAGUCACCUAUUCGGAAACUCAAAUCUAUCUUCCCCUCUACAUCGCUGAAAAAACACACACCGCUUGAUGUCCUACUGACUCCCCCAACCGGAGAUCCUUCACGUCCGAGGGCACUCAUCUUCCGUGAUCUAGGUACUAUAGAGAACGACUGGGUUGCGAAUGAAUUUUUCCUUGCAUACUUCGAGGGAAGCGGAAUCAGCCCCCCACUUAAGCAAGCUACAGUCGAACGUUUGGAAUCAUACGGGAAGUAGUUCCAAUUCAUCUAUUCACUCCAAGCUUCCUGAAAAAGUGGGAUAAUAUUUGUUAGAUGAGUAUACACUGGCACAAUAACAAUAGUUUAU